CGAAGUUUCCCGUUGUUUUGUAGUUUUUUGGUGGCAACCGGUAGCCUUUAGCGAGCAACCCAAGAAAGGUGGAGACUCCUGCCCAACUUCCUGCACAAUACUCUUAAAGCACCGCCAGGAGAGAAGAAGGAAGGACGAAUGGAUCUACGGCUCACUUGACCGCUCUCUUUUUUCCCCCCCUGAAAAAAAAAUCACCUUGUCGUCGUUAAUCUGCCAUCCGCCAUAUCUACCUGGCUUUUAGCUAGCUAACUGGAUCAACCAUUGGCGACAUUCGAUUAGUAAAGGACGGGCGAAAGACAGGAAUGGAGGUUUUGGUGGAGUAUGACUACGAAGCGCUCCAUGAAGAUGAGCUGACCUUGCGACAGGGUGACAUCAUCAAGAACGUGUGCUGCAUACAAGAAGAUGGCUGGAUGGAAGGAGAUCUCAACGGUAAAAGAGGACUCUUUCCUGACAACUUUGUAAAGGAAGUAAAAAAGGAGGCCAAGGAAGCAAAACAUGAACCCAAGGAGGAAUCUUCUCAGCCCGUGAAGAGAGAGAAAUCUGCAGGCACGGUGGCCAACUUGGUUCAGAGGAUGAGCACCAUCGGCAUCCCCACUGGGGGCUUCCAGCCACGACCCGCAGCACCCAUAAAGAAACCGAAGAAGAGACAGUGCAGAGUGUUGUUUGACUACCAGCCGCAGAACGAAGAUGAGCUGGAGCUGAAAGUCGGCGACAUCGUCGACAUCACUGAAGAGGUUGAAGAGGGCUGGUGGAGCGGAGUCCUAAACGGCAAAUCAGGACUCUUCCCGUCCAACUUUGUCAAAGAAAUGGAUGCCACGAAAGACGACGGAGACUCAAACGACACCACACCAGAUGAGGCUGAUGGAAACGGUGUCGAAACGACCCAGUCGUCUCCUCAAUCUGCCUCAGGCAACGGCGCCAUCGUCCAGCCCAAGAAAGUCCAGCGUAUCGGUUACGGAAAUAUUUUCAAGGAAGGGUCGGUCAAAUCAAGGAUCCGAAUUCCCAACUUGGAAACGGAAGACAAAAAGGACAACCCAACCCCUUCAUUCCCAUCAGUCGCAAAGCCCGCCUUUCCCAACAUCACAGACUUGCAGCGAGGAGACGGAGAGAGCAACGUCAAAGCUAAAGAGCUCUGUAAAGUCACCUUUGCUUUUGAGUCCACCAAUGAGGAUGAGCUGACCUUGCACGAGGACGACAUCAUCACUGUUAUAAGCAAGGACACAGGAGAGCCCGGGUGGUGGCGAGGGGAGAUUGCAGGCAGAGAAGGCGUCUUUCCUGACAAUUUUGUCGUCAUGCUAUCCGAGUCAGAGAAAGAGGCUCACAUCGGGAGAGGGUCACGUAAAUCCUCACUGAAGCAAGACUCUGAAGACAAACCCAAGAAACCUCCUCCACCAUCAAAAACCAUUGCUCUCAAACCAGAGGUCCCCAGUGCUGACAAAAAGCCACAUAUCAGACCCGAGGACAAAGUCGACAAGCCGCUGCCAGAUCCAAAACCAUCCAAGCCUGUGGCGCCACUCCCGCCCAAAAAGCCAGUGCCCCUUCCGGUCAAAGGCAAACAGGCAAACCUCCCACCAAAGAGGCCGGACAAACCUCUCACGCCAUCGCCAAAUCUCAAACACAAUGGAGAGGUGCCUUCGUCUCGUCCAAAGCCAGACUUGGAGCUAUCGCUUCACCCAAAACCCAAACCCUCGGGGGACACAGGAGACAAAGAGUCAAAUCUAAUGAGUUUUGAUGAGGUGUCGUCGAGCUCGGAAAAGCUCUCUCACCCCACCGUUAACAGACCAAAGAUUAUCGGCCGGAGGUUGCCUGCCCAAUUUGGCGGAGGACAGUCGCCCAACAAGGAUGUCGUUGCGGAGAAAUCCUUCAAGAUGGAUGAGGAAGACUCCGCCAAACUAAAGCCCGCGGAAUCCAGGAAGCCUUCCACACAUCUCUCCCCUUCGCCGUCAUUCCAUAAGCCCAACGUUGAGUCCAAACCCAGCCCAUCAUCCUCCACCUUAAAUUCGGACAGCGGUGCUCCGGGAAAAGAGGAUCCAAAAUCCCAGAUGGAAGAUCUUCGGAGCCAGAUGAAGGACCUGCUGUUGUCAGUGGAGCUGUUCAAGGCCCAGCAAAUGAAAGAGAUAGCAGAGCUGCGUGGGGAGCUGGAUGAGGAGAAGCUAAAGCGUCUGGCUCUGCAGAUGGAGCUCGAUAAAUUAAAGAUGGCCGUCCACUCGACGUGAAUAUGAGCGCACAAAGCGGAACGCCUCAAGGCGAGGGGCGGGGAGAUGACCAGCGGACAGUUGAAUGGACAAGAGGGUGCAAUCGUUUUUCACAUCUAUGAAAUUAAACUCCCCCUCGUAAGUUUUUUUUUUUUUUUUUUGCACAUAUAUAUUUUUGUUUCAUGUAAUUAAAUUACAGAUGUAUAUGAUUUUUUUUUUUUUUUUGCCAACACACAAACAAAAACAGAGGCCUUACUUCAAACUGCUGUGCUGCGUCUUCACGCUCUCAAACGCCUCACGGUGGAGGGCCGCUCUCUCAGUACUACUGACUUACUACAAACUUUCAUGCUGUUAUUUUAAGACGAAACUUUUAAAAAAUGUCUGUCAUUUCACCCGGCAUCUUAACUUUUUUUUUUUUCUUUGCUGCAAAAGGCGUUGCUGCUUUAGCUGUAAUUGAAACAUUCCGUGCAGCGCCUCCGAGUAAGCUCGACUUGUUUAUUUUUUUUUUAUACGUGUUUUCUAGCAUUCCUAUCCAGGGAAACACUACUGUGCCUGUUUAAAAAGUUCGAUUAAAUGUUGUUCGGGGAAGGAAGUUCUAACAUUUUUACCACAAUGGUGUCUGAAAGUAUCUUUUUGUAUUUAGCGUAGCUAGAUUUUCAAGCUCUACUGACGUAAUUCUCAUUGGGAACUUCAAAACGGGAAGAUGAAUUGCAGCCGUUGCGUUCUAAGAAAGGCAGUCCGGUCUCUCCGAGUCUGGCCACAAUCCAUCAAAUCCUUCAUAAUGGCCUUCGUCCGCUAUUGCAUUGUUACGUUUAGAGCAGAAAAAGAAAAUGUCGUCUCACUGCCUCGACAUUGUUCAUCCCUUCAUCUCGCUGGAACGUACCAACCAAGGAGUCACGGGGCCAAACCAUUGAAGGACAGAAGGCGUAAAAUGACUAAAAAUGCAAGAAAUUUGCAUGAUGUUAACUUCCGACGAUGGAACCCGCGGAAAUCCGCCAAGUUUGUCGGCAUAAAAUUCGAGGGUAAUUUUCUCGAUGUCGAUAUGUACCGUGGAAUUCGCUUUACAUUAGCAUGUAAGAACGGCAACAAAAAAAAAACUGCAUUAAAACAUGCGCACAGUGACUUAGCAUAGCAGCACGGGCAAAUGCACAAGCGAAGGCUAGUUUUGGCUCCCGAUUUUAUUUAAAUUACCACUUGUAUGAUUUAUACAUUUAACGCGUUGACAUUGCAGGGAAAAUUAUCGGAAAUUCAAGAUCCGCGACAGUCAUAGCAUAACAUAGGGUAUCCAAAGGGCAGCCCAGGAGCCAUUCACAGCCUCGUAGCAAAUUAUACAUGAAAUAUUCUUGGAGGUGGGUUUGUAGUUGAAAUAUUUAAUAUUUUCGAAGAUUGACACAAGUGGUUUUAGCAUAAUUUUUGUUGCCCCCGAUGCUAAAAAUUUGGACACCUUUCACGUAACAUAAAAUGUUUACGCCUGUUUAUGUCGAUUUUUUUUUUUUUUAAU